GGUUAGCUCAAAAACCAUUGUAGAACCAUUGUGGUUAUAGUAGUUGCUAUACAACAUGAUUUGGAUUUGGAGCCUAAUUACACUGGGAAUAAUUGUUGGCGCAACGGGAAGCGUGAUCAUUUCUCCGCGGGUGGACGGCAGCAGUACUGAAAGCACCACCACCACAACGACAACAAAGACGUCUUCUCCCAGCAGUGAAAGCCCCACCAACUCAAAUACAGCAAGGGUGACAUCCCCAGUUGAAGAAACUACUUUGGAUCCCUUAACUGCACUUGAUAAAUCAGUAACGGCUGAUCUUCAAAGUAUUCUAACCAAAUAUGAGCGUGAAUGCAUGGGUAAUUCGGAAUUUACAGAAAAUCUUGACCUCAUACGCAAGGCGGUAAAAUGGAACAAGGAUCAGUUACAAGCCAAGAUAGCCGCACAAGUUAAUUUCAAUAACUACAAUGAGAGACGUAUUUCCCUUGAAAAACAAAUUGAUCAGCGCAUUGAGGCCCUCAAUAACAUACUGCCUACCCAAGAGCCGAAUAGUCGUUGCUCAAAAUUUUACUUGAAACAAAGAGAAGCUCUUAAGAAUGCUAAAACACUUUCGAAUGCCGGAAAAGAAUCAGCUAUAGCAGCAAGCAAAGAAAUUUGCAAAAGCAAUGAUUACAAUGAUGACUAUGAUUAUUACUAGCAGAAUCAGCAAUCUGAAAUGUAUUUUUAAUUUUUAUUGCAACUAAGUGUCCCAAAUGUUGAAUAAAGCAUAAUCGUACUGGAGAACACUCAAA